CCGUUGAUUUUACUUUACUUUUGUUAUUCGUUAGCAAAAACGCAUAAAAUACUACAUUUUCUGAAAUUAGUGAUGUUUUAAUUGAUCGGCAAUAUUUGACGAUAAAACUAAAUGUUCGGAUGCUAUGAAAAUUGAACAUUCGUCAAAAUAACCUAGUACGCCGGUAUGGAGUGUAAAAGUGAAAUUUUCUCCAAAAGACUGGUAACAGCAGUGCUAUGGAAUCUCGGACUCCAAAUAUUUCUGGCUGUUGUGUUGGUGUUUUUUAUUCAGGUGGAUAUUCUACAUCCACUUUCUUGGUUCACAUCGACCUUCAAUGACAUAUUUGGAUGGAAAAUGAGCCUGAAUAUUGCGCUGCUUGGAUUGGUUUCGUUUUUUCAAGCAUACAUUUAUGGCAGCUACUACAUGGUCCCUUUGCCUAAGUACUUCACCAGGUUUUCAAUGUUUUUGAAUUUGUUCACAACCCAAAAUGCCAUAUUCAGCAUUUUGUAUGCAUUAAGUGGUUACUUUACAAUGAGCCUGUAUUCAUCUCUCGCUAAAAGCAACUUUAAUGUUCUGAAAAAGAAAUGUGAACAUUAUGAUGGCCAAUGUCUCAUGGAGCAAAGUCUGUUUUUACAGUUUGGCGGGAUGUGGAUGGGUCUGUAUUAUUUCUUAAAUGCACAUAUUUUCAGUACGCCCAUGCUAAUGUUUCCACAUGUGUAUCAAAAUAAAUUCCAACAGUUAAAACAAGCUAUUGGAAGAAUAUUGUCUAUGGGUUUUAAGAAUUCUGUAAUGCCUGUUGUGUAUUUCUGCUUGUUUUAUUACUUGUGGGGCCACAAGCCCCGGAGUGUUGUUUCUGAUGUCUACAGCCUGUAUUUGGAAGAUCCUCCAUUGGAUAAUAUAUUCAAUUUGAUAAGAUCUAGCAUUUGGAUUGGACUCUGGUUCUACACCAGUUUGUUUUUCAUCUCAGUGUAUACCAUGAGAACCAUCUUUAACAUAGUGCUGACAGAACCAAUGAAGUUUCAAAUUGAAUCAGAAACUGGUCUGACCCUGUAUGCUGCCUUAGCUCAGAGGACACAAUUUACUGGAUAUUUAGGGGCUCAAGACUUGAAGAUAGUGUCUCAGAUGGACUCUACAAGAAGAAUGCAGCUCUUUACACUGUCACAGCCAGGAGGCCAUCCAAGAAAUUGGAAUCAUAUCUUAGAAACUUCUCUAAACAUAAUUAAUAGCUUUACAAAGGAAUUGGAAAAUAUUAAUAGUGAUGGGAAACCAACUGAGGUCGGCAACUCACAAAAGAAUAUGAACAUCACACCCCCUUCAGGACCACUUUAUUCUGGAAAUUUAAGAAACUUGGCACAAACUCCUGAUAUGCCAAAAGAUUAUAAUUAUAAUCUUAAUAAAAAUAAAGUUCAAGAGAUGACAUUUGCAAAAGCUCUUAAAGAAGAGUUCCAUGGUUUGCUACAGAGGAUCUGCCAGAAGCCAGGAAUCAGUUACUUCUUUGGGGAGCUCACAGACACUAAACUUAAAUUCCUGCUAAUGCAGGCUCAGCCAGUGAUGUGGACGUGCGAGGGGCUGGCAUUCAUAGUGGCGGCAUCCUUAAAGGAGGAUAAGUAUGGCGUGGUGCAGAAUGACUUGCCAAUUGUGAUUACAGCUUUAAUAAAUCUCAAGAUCAAUUUAGACAAGUUAACUAAGCUAGGACUGGUGCCAAAGAAACACAUCCUGAAUGAUGUGUUUGCUAUCAAAAUGAAGUCUGCUCUCAUGACUUCAGUUAAAAGGAGUAUAUAUAAAAUAGUUAUCACUUUUUCGAAGUAUUUCCAUGAAAUACCUAUAGAUCCUGAUAUUCAAAUUGCUGUUCAACCAUUCUUAUUAUGUAAAGAACCCUGAGUGUUGUAGAACAUUUUAUCUUUUUACUGAUAAUGAUUAAUGUUUAGAAUUGCUGGGUUUUUUUAGUUAAGUAUGUGGCAAUUAACUAUUUGUGUACUUUACUGAAAUACUGUCAAGCAAGAGUGUCACCAGCCAAUAGUUGAUAUUGCAUAGUAUUUCUCCUACCUAGGGCUUGCCC